AUGGCGAAUGGUGGUGAUCCGGGUAUCGAAAUGCAGAAUGGACAGCUCUGCCAAGGAUGCGAAAAACUCAAUUUGACCAUUGAGAAAUUCAUUCCCGCUCAAUCGGAGGGGCCUAGCCAGUUGCCCGGCGUCCUCGGCAACACUUUCGAUCCAUCGGGACUCGACUGUCACAGUCUCGGCUAUCUCGAUGAGAUCUAUCAGAGGCGGCUCACCUGUCCCUUGUGUCGUUUGCUCUUCGAAGCGACGCAUUCCCAGGGCGAACAGUUCCGAAUCGGACUGGACGGCUUGACAGAGGAAGGGAAAAGGAUCGCCUGCAUGGUUGAUUGGAUACUCGAUGGGCGUCUCCUAGAUGACAAUUCGAACUCUGUAUCGGACCAUGGGCCGCAAACGACAAACCCCUCGCGUCGGCUUCACAUAUUCAACCCAGACGGCACAUUCCCAGAUGCUUAUAUUGUUCCCUUGAAGCCUGCCCUACAAGGGACCAAGGCUGAUUCUUCGCCUUCAUUCCUAGGUCGCCUCAUCCCACACACCCAUGUGGAUAUCGAGAGAUUAAAACGUUGGCUAGAUCUAUGCGAUAGCACGCAUCACGCAGCAUGCAAGCCGCCCUCCCGCAUGAUCAAGAUGCAGGGUCUCGCGGCCAAGGUCCGCUAUAUUGACCUUCAAGAAGAACGCAUCGUUGAACCACACGAAAUGCCUGACGAGUUCGAGUAUGCCACGGCCAGCUAUGUUUGGGGUGCUACACAAAUGGCUUACAUGCUCUACCGAUCGAAUUAUGACGAGUUUAGACGGCAUCUGCCCGUUCGUUCUGAAUCAAUGCAAAGGACCCUGCGCGAUGUCAUGGCUGUGGUGUACAAACUCGGAAUACGAUUUGUCUGGAUCGACGCGCUCUGCAUCAUCCAGGGCGAUGAGGAAGACUGGGAGAAAAUGGCGCCUCUGAUGGAACAUAUAUAUAGCAGCGGGAAGAUCAAUAUUUGUGCGGCAGCCGGCUUCGAUGCGAACAGAGGCAUGCCUGGCUCGGUACAUACGCCUCGCACAACACAACAGCUUGUAACACGAUGUUUUGGGCUCGAUCUGAUAGCUGUGAAGCCUGUGGAAAGCCGUAUUCGAUAUACACAGUGGAACUCAAGAGCUUGGACAUUUCAAGAACGCAUGUUAUCGCCACGGUCCUUGGUAUUCGUCGAGGAGCGAGUCUUUUUCCAGUGUCGCCAGGCGACCUGGUCCGAAGAAGUGGAUUCGGAAUCAUCCCAGAGUGCAUGGAAUUUGGACAUGGUCGAGUCGCCACUCCACCUUCUCUGGUCUUUGAAUCCGGUACGGCAAUUCACUUCGGCUGUGGAGCUGUAUAGUGCUAGGAAAUUGACGUUCGGAAAAGACAAACUGAUUGCCUUCAGAGGUUUGGAAGGUCCACUAGGCCAGCAGCUCAAAUCGAGGUUCCUCUUCGGUCUCCCCCUAACUCACUUUGAUUGGGCGUUGUUGUGGGAUAUGACAGGCAGCGAUUCAAGCUCUUACGAGAGGACUUCCAACCCCUACCUGGACGGAAAGGAUAUGUUUCCGAGCUGGUCCUGGUGUUGUAGGGCUGGAGGUGUGAAUUGGCGUUUGUCACUACUUUCUGGAACACUCCACAACCUCAGAUCCUGGCUGGUCGAACACACUUGGAUCGUGUGGUCAUGGGGUGAUGAUGACAGUGAUGUUAAAGAUGCCCUGCCCCCGUGCCCAGGACGGGACCAGAAACCGUCCGACUCAGAAGCUCUCGAAACAAGCGGCAGUAGAUGGUCUGGCUACGGAGAAAGAGCAUCACAAUCUCGGCAGCUUUUAGAAAUGGUGUACCAACGUCAUGGACUCGCUUCAGCUGGUGAAAAGCCUCCAAUCAGUCCAAGUAGGCCAAUACCUCCAAAAUGUCUCCAUUUCUGGUCCCUGUCAGGCUUCUUCCAGCUCUCGCGAAAAACAAUGUCCACAGAUACCUUCAAGCCGGAACUCCAGGAAGGACUGCACAGAUUCGGCAUCCUAGACUCGAGCCAAAAUUGGUGCGGCACCAUUGUCCUCGAGAAGUCGUGGUUCCAGCACGUCGGAGGUAUAUGCGAGUUUGUGGCCGUCUCGGAAGCGAGGGACUUUUCCAUGGAGGAGCUCGAUACUUGGAACUACUAUGUCCCUGAAGAGAGAGAGGCGUCCGAGUGGAAUCUAUACUAUGCUUUUCUCAUUGAGAGAGAUUCAGAUUCCGGGAUGCACCGUCGCAGAGGCCUGGCCAAGUUGUAUCAGAGCGCCUUUGAUAGAGGAUCAUUUGCUCCCAAGACAGGUUGGAGGGAGUUCUUCCUCGCCUGA